AUGACACUAAUCGGUAAAGCUGUGCACCUAUCUGUGGACCUUGUCCUGGUAUCGACCUGCCUGGCUGCGGUCAAGAGGAACACCGGCCUUGUGCCAAGGACAGAGUUGAUCCCAAACACCACGGCCCGUGAUUACUUCGAGAAGUACCUGGCAUUUGGCGAGUCGACCUACGACUACACUGUUGCUACUUGCGGCACAUCUAGCUACUUCAAGAGGUAA